AGUGGCUCGCCGCGGUGCCGGUGGCGCCGGCCCGGGCUCCGGGUUGUUCCCAGCGUGAAGGAGGCUGAAGGCCAAGCGGAGCAACGGGCGGGAGCGGAGCCCUCGGGCCGGGGAUGGCCGGGCUCCCUAGGGUCUGGGCAUAACGAGGCUUUCGGUUCCCUCGCAGAGAAGGGCUUUGCUUUGAAACCCGUCUGACUUCCCGGGCCGUGUUGUGUGUGGAAAAGGGAGUGAAGACGUUGGAGUUACUAUCCUCUGACUUGGUCACGAUGCUUUCAGGAGGGAUUUUGGCAGCUUCGUGACAGAGCCCGCUAGCGGGAUAGACUGCCUGGAAAAGGCCUUUUGUUACUUGUUGCUCUGUGUGCUCUGCCCUGUAACAGAUUUAAAUCCUCACCAUACUUUUUAGGGUAACUGUUGAUAUUUGGGUUCUCUGCCUAAGUAUCAAAGUUGCCUCUGAUUCCUGCCAGUGCUGUAGUCUGGCAGCAAGUUUCACAGCUGGCACAGUGUGAUGUUUGAUGGCAGCUUCACUGGAUAGUAAACCAUGACUCCAGGGAUUGCACAAGUGAGGAUGGAUCAGACUCUCAACAGGUUACUUGCAAUGAUGAUGCUUUGCUGGAGACAGCCACCUGGCUUUUGAGGAGCUGGAUUAAGACUCCCAACUCAACUCAUGCCAGUUGUGAAGGAGCAACAUCACUUGGAUAUGGUCCGUUCUCUGAUCUCUCCCCCUGCUCAGGAGUGGGGACUGACUGGGGACUGGUGCCCUAGAGGUGCCCGUUGCUGCGUUGUAGGACUCUGAAGAUGUCCAAUAGCAACACGACACAGGAGACUCUGGAAAUAAUGAAAGAGUCAGAAAAAAAGGUGGUUGAAGAAUCUGUGAACAAAACCAAAUUUGUAUCCAGGUCACCAAGCAAGGAGGAGGUGGAGAAGGAUGGGGGGGAGGAGAUCAACAUGCGUCAGGAGUCUCAGAGACGAACUUCAAGUCAUGGACAUGCCAGAAAAAGAGCCAAGUCUAAUUCAAAGCUUAAACUGGUCAGAAGUUUGGCUGUAUGUGAAGAGUCGUCUAGCCCCUUCGUAGAUGGGCUGCUGGAGUCCCAGGACGUCAUUCAGUUGCACAUUAGCUGCCCCUCUGACAAGGAAGAGGAAAAAUCCACAAAAGAUGGGACUGAAAAAGAAGAAAAAGACAAGAAUAAAGAAAAGGCACCAAGGAAAAUGCUGUCUCGAGAUUCCAGCCAGGAAUAUACAGACUCCACUGGAAUAGAUUUGCAUGAAUUUUUAGUAAAUACACUGAAAAAAAACCCAAGGGAUAGAAUGAUGCUGCUAAAGUUAGAACAGGAGAUUCUGGAAUUUAUUAGCGAUAACAACAAUCAGUUUAAGAAGUUCCCUCAGAUGACCUCAUAUCACAGGAUGCUGCUGCACCGGGUAGCUGCCUACUUCGGCAUGGACCAUAACGUUGACCAAACUGGGAAAGCAGUCAUUAUCAACAAGACCAGUAACACACGAAUCCCUGAGCAGAGGUUCUCUGAGCACAUCAAAGAUGAGAAGAAUGCGGAGUUCCCACAGAGAUUCAUCCUAAAACGGGAUGAUACCAGCAUGGACCGAGAUGAUAAUCAGAUCAGACUCCCCUUGCAGGAUGGGAGAAGGAGCAAAUCUAUAGAAGAGCGAGAGGAAGAGUAUCAGCGAGUCAGGGAGCGGAUAUUUGCACGAGAGACUGGCCAGAAUGGAUAUCUCACUGACAGCAGGGGCAACCGGGACAGUUUGAACCGGGCCUCGGGCAGCCGUCAGAGCAGCACAGAGAGUGAGAUAAAGUCUCUGGAGCCUCGGCCGUGGAGCAGCACAGACUCAGAUGGCUCCAUCCGCAACCUGCGACCACCUGUCACCAAAGCCAGCAGCUUCAGUGGAAUCUCCAUCCUGACGCGGGGGGACAGCAUUGGAAGCAGCAAAGGCAGCACUGCCAGCAGAACAUCCCGGGCAGGUACCAACCCUGCCAUGCCUUUCUCUAUUCAAGGUCUGGUACUAGGUGCCCCUGACACAUGCAGCCAGUCCUCCUCUUCACAGCCCAACCGUGGCCUCCUGCCCUGCGCAGCCCAGCAGCCUCAACCACAGUCACCACAACAGCCUCAACCACAGCCACAAGGACUUCCACCCACAGCUCAGCAGCAGCCAGCCAUGAGUAACCACAUGAUAUCGCAGCCGGUCCCAGCGCUGCAGCCUGUUCAGUAUUCUCCAAGCUCCUGCCCCCAAGUCCUCUUGCCAGUCUCUCCACCCCAGCAGUACAACAUGGGUGAUGAACUCAGCAACCCCUUUGGGCAGAUCAGCCUCAGCCGGCAGGGCUCUGCAGAAGCACCGGAUCCUUCCUCGGCCAUGUUCCAGUCAUCCCUCAUCUCCCAGCAUCCUCAGCAGACAGGAUUCAUCAUGACAUCCCCUGGGCAGCCCAUUCCCACCUCCAACUACUCCGCCUCAGGGCACACGGCCCCCACGCAGCAGGUGCUGCAGCCCCAGAGCUACAUUCAGCCUCCCCAGCAAAUUCAGGUUUCUUACUACCCUCCUGGGCAGUACUCGAACUCCAGCCAGCAAUACCGAUCUCUCAGUCACCCAGUGGCCUACAGCUCCCAGCGCACUCAGCAGCUCCCCCAGCAGUCCCAGCAGCCUGGUUUACAGCCGAUGAUGUCCAACCAGCAGCAAACAUACCAAGGUGUAAUGGGAGUGCAGCAGGCACAACCCCCUGGCCUCCUCAACAGCCAGAGGAACAGCAUGGGGGGCCAGAUGCAGAGUAUGAUGGGAGUGCAGCAGGCACAGCCCCCCGGCCUCCUCAGCAGCCAGAGGAGCAGUAUGGGGAGCCAGAUGCAAGGCCUGAUGGUCCAGUACACUCCACUGCCUUCGUACCAGGUACCUGUGGCCAAUGAGUCCCAGAGUGUGGUCCAGCAGCCCUUCCAGCAGCCAGUGCUUGUACCGGCCAGCCAGUCUGUUCAGGGGGGGCUUCAAGCUGGAGGGGUUCCCAUCUACUACAGCGUCAUCCCAGCUGCCCAGCAGAACGGCACCAGCCCUUCGGUGGGGUUUCUUCAGCCGCCUGGCUCUGAACAGUAUCAGAUGCCACAGUCCCCCUCACCCUGCAGCCCGCCACAGAUGCAACAGCAGUAUUCAGGGGUGUCUCCAUCGGGCCCUGGUGUGGUUGUGAUGCAGCUGAAUGUACCCAACGGCCCCCAGCCCCCCCAGAAUCCCCCCGUGGUGCAGUGGAGCCACUGUAAGUACUACAGCCUGGACCAGCGGGGGCAGAAGCCAGGAGACCUGUACAACCCCGACACCAGUGCUCAGGCCAGCGCACAGUUGAACAGCCCCAUCACAUCCCCCACCCAAUCCCCGACGCCAUCUCCUGUCACCAACCUCAACAGUGUCUGCACAGGGCUGAGCCCCCUCCCGGUCCUCUCACAGUUCCCCCGGCCCAUGGGCCCAGCACAAGGCGACGGACGUUACUCACUGCUGGGUCAGCCGCUGCAGUAUAAUCUGUCUAUCUGUCCGCCGCCCCUGCUCCACAACCAGCCCAACUACAGUGCACACCAGGGACAGACUGGAAUGAAACAUGGAAACCGGGGCAAGAGGCAGGCCCUCAAGUCAGCGUCCACUGAUCUUGGGACAAGUGACGUAGUGCUGGGCCGAGUGCUGGAGGUGACGGACCUGCCCGAGGGCAUCACGCGGACAGAGGCUGACAAGCUCUUUACCCAGCUCGCCAUGGCUGGUGCCAAAAUCCAGUGGCUCAAAGAGACUCAGGGGCGGCGCGGAGACGGGGGCGGUGGGGACAACAAUGGGACUCCGGAGAACGGCAGGCACACUGACCUUGCUGCCUUAUACACCAUUGUGGCCGUGUUCCCCAGCCCGCUGGCCGCCCAGAACGCCUCCCUCCGCCUCAACAACUCCCUCAGCCGCUUCAAGCUGCGUGUGGCCAAAAAGAACUACGACUUGCGGGUGCUGGAACGUGCCAGCUCGCAGUAGGGCUCAUGUAUGGGCACAGAGCACACUGGACUGCGGGCACUUCCCUCUGCCGUCUCUCUUCCUUUCUUCCCUCCCUUCCUCUCGCCCUCCUUCCUGGAUAUAUUUAUAUGAACAUAAUUAAGAGACAAGAAAUUGAUUUUUUUUUUAAUUUUUGGAGUGAUGCCCAUGCCCGCCCACCCUACCCUGUGUAUAUUGUUUUGUUAAGCACUGUGUUGAACCGCACAUACAGGUGUUGAUUGGUAUGUUCACUGCA